AUGACCACAGCAGACGAAUAUAAAGCCGAAGGAAACAAGUACUUUGCAAGCAAGGAGUUUGAAAAGGCAAUUGAAGCAUUCACCAACGCCAUCGAAGCAUCGCCUCAGCCAAACCAUGUCCUCUACUCCAACCGUUCCGGCUCCUACGCCUCGCUCAAGGAGUACGCCAAGGCAUUGGAAGACGCUCAAGAAUGCGUCAAGAUCAGCCCAGAAUGGGCCAAAGGCUACAAUAGAGUCGCGGGGGCGCAAUUUGGCUUGGGCAAUCUAGAAGAUGCGCAGCGCGCGUACCAACAAUGCUUAUCUUUAGAUCCGUCGAAUGCUCAAGCUAAAGAUGGAUUGAAAUCGGUUGAAAAUGCAAUCAGGGCCAAGAAUGCGCAAAGUGACUUGGGUUUGGGCCAAUUGUUCCGUGAUCCUAACUUGAUUUCGAAAUUGAGGAACAACCCCAAAACGAGCCACUUGAUGGAUGACGCGGCGUUGGUGGCUAAAUUGGCGCAGAUUCAAGCUAAUCCUCAAGUUAAUGCUACGCAGCUUUUGACUGAUCCGAGAUUGAUGACGAUUAUGGCGACCUUGAUGGGUAUCGAUAUGGAUUUCCCUCAGGAGGGCAACAAAAAAGAUGAGCCAAGCGCCGGUGAACCUGCUAAAGAGGAGACAAAAGCUGAGGAGAAGCCAGAGGCAAAGGAGGCAAAGCCUGCUGCGGCAGAAGAACUGGAAGAUGUGGAGAUGAAAGAUGCCGAUGCCGAUGCCGAUGCCAAUGCCGAUGCUGGAGCUGGAGCUGGAGCUAAAGUGUCAGCAUCAGCAGCAGCUAAGGAAGAAGCAGACAAGGCUAAAGCCGAGGGCAACACCUUGUACAAGCAACGCAAGUUCGAUGAAGCUAUCGCCGCCUACGACAAGGCAUGGGAGCUCCACAAGGACAUCACAUACUUAAACAACAGAGCCGCCGCCGAAUACGAAAAGGGCGAUUAUGACGCAGCAAUUGCCACAUGCAACAAGGCAGUUGAAGAAGGAAGAGACUUGAGGGCCGAUUACAAGCUAAUUGCCAAGUCUUUUGCCAGGUUGGGAAACAUCUACUUGAAAAAAGAUGACCUUGCGCAAGCAGUCAAGUAUUUCGACAAGUCCUUAACUGAACAUCGUACCCCCGACGUUUUAAACAAAUUGAGAUCAACUCAAAGAGAAAUCAAAACUAGAGAAGCCCAGGCUUACAUAAACCCGGAAAAGGCCGAGGAGGCUAGACUCGAAGGUAAAGAAUACUUCACCAAAGGCGACUGGCCCAACGCCGUCAAAGCUUACGAAGAGAUGAUCAAGCGCGCACCGGAUGACGCUAGAGGCUACUCCAACAAGGCCGCGGCAUUGAUCAAACUAUUAUCCUUCCCCGACGCCAUCAAGGACUGCGACUUGGCCAUCGCCAAAGACCCCAACUUUAUCAGAGCGUAUAUCCGUAAAGCCAAUGCCCAAUUGAUGAUGAAGGAGUACAGUCAUUGCAUGGAGACCCUUGGUGAAGCGCGCGAAAAGGAUGUUGGCCUCGGUGGGAAGAACGUCAGCGAGAUUGAUCAAUUGAUGAACAAGGCUACCUAUCAAAGGUUUCAAAAUAUCGAAGGUGAAACUGCUGAACAGACUAUGGAGCGUGUUAGCAAAGACCCGGAAAUUGUGCAGAUUUUGCAGGACCCCGUGAUGCAGAAUAUCUUGGCUCAGGCUAGAGAUAACCCUGCUGCGUUGCAGGACCACAUGAAGAACCCCGAGGUUGCUAAAAAGGUCAAUAUGUUGAUUGCUGCCGGUGUCAUCCGUACUAGAUAA